AUGGAUUAUCAAUCGAGCAUCUUCCAGGACAAUAACCCCAUGGAGAAUCUGGAAAAACAGCUGAUCUGCCCUAUUUGCCUAGAGAUGUUCUCCAAGCCUGUGGUCAUCCUACCUUGCCAGCAUAACCUCUGCAGGAAAUGUGCUAAUGACAUUUUUCAGGCUUCAAAUCCAUACUGGCAAACAAGCCGAGGAACCACCAUAUCUGGAGGGCGGUUUAAGUGUCCCUCUUGCCGACACGAAGUCAUCUUGGACCGCCAUGGAGUCUACGGCCUCCAGAGGAAUCUGCUGGUAGAGAAUAUCAUCGAUAUCUAUAAACAAGAAUAUUCAAGCCGUCCCCUCAAGAAGGGAAACCACCCAAUGUGCAAGGAACACGAAGAUGAAAAGAUCAACAUCUAUUGCUUGACCUGUGAGGUUCCUACCUGCUCUAUGUGCAAAGUCUUCGGAGCACACAAAGAUUGUGAAGUGGCGCCUCUGCAAAGUGUCUUUCAGGGACAGAAGGUAUGAGCCAAUGAGAUUUGUUCAGAAGGAACCAACUCAACUUCUUUCAUUCUUCUCUCUCUGUGACAGGAGAACAGUCAGUUGGCUAAGCAGUCUUUGUGCGAGAAGUUUGAAGCUCUCAUUGCUGUCCUUGAGGAGAAGAGGACGAACCUUCUGCAGCGCAUCACCAAGGAGCAGGAGGAGAAGGCUGGGUUCAUGCAGAACCUCAUCCAACAGUAUAAAGAGCAACUGGAGACAUCCAGCAAGCUGAUUGAGAGUGCCAUUCAGUCUAUGGAGGAAGAAGGAGGAGCCGCUUUUCUCAUGACUGCCAAGCAACUUAUUAAAACAAUUGUGGAUGCAUCAAAAGGUGGCCAGUUGGAGAAGAUCGAGACAGGCUUUGAAAACAUGGACUACUUCACUGUAGAUUUGGAAAGUAUCACAGAAGCCUUGAGAAGCAUCGACUUCGAAGCAGAUGAAGAUGAUGAUGAACUGAAUGAGGAAGACGAAACAGAAGAGGAACAGCCAGUUGGACAAACAGAUGGUACACAGUAACCAAGAAAGAACUUGAGAUUCCAAGGAGAAAGCAAGCAGAAUAACUGGCUCCGUAGGAUUUGGAGAAAGGAAGAGGAGGGAUGGGGUGGGGGGAACCCAAACUGGAUGCCCAUCAAGUUAACAGGGCAAAACCCGGCUGAUGAAGGAUCGUUUGGGAUGUAGAAUUUGUGGCCACGCAGGAAGGCAAAAAUGCACAGAGACACUUUAUACACGGGUGCAACAUGGAACUUUUCAUACAUGUUAUAUAUGGUGAUUUCUUUUGUACAUAAUUGUUCAGGACACUUGAUUUGGGGGGGGGUGUUAAAAGAAAAUAUAAGAUUU